GCGCCGAGGCGGAGAGCGAAGAUGGCGGAGGGCGUCGAAGCGGAGCACGAAUGGAGCGACUGGGCCUUGGAUACGGCCGGAAACAGUGUGAUGGCAGUGGAGACGCUGCUGGCAACACUGAGAGCUUUCGAAGACGUACUUAGACAGCAGGAAAUAUCCGUUGCGUCUUCCACGGAGUACUGUGACAACUUCUGCCAGGCACUGAUGCACUAUGCUGGGAGCAGGAACUCCAUGGAGCAUGGUCUGCCUCUUUUAGAGGUGUACUGCCUGUCCAUAAACUGCUUUGCAGCAGCCAGAUCCCACCUGACCGCAGACUCCGACAGAGUCACCCUUGUUUUAAAGAGACUUGCUUUGAGCUGUUUUGAGUUGUUGCUGUCGGUGCCUGAGAACGAAAUCCCUUUUGAAGCCUGGCUUCAGUUCCACCAGUCAGUUCAGAUUACACAUGAUACGUUGUUACAAUAUGGAAGCACCGACCUCCAAGCUCUACUUCAAAUCACAGGAGAGGGUGGGGCAUGGAUCAACCCAGUCCUUACUGCACUCCUCACUGGCCAGUCUACCAACCCAGAGGAAGUUGAUGCUUACAUAAGCUUGGAGGGUGAGGGCUUCAUGGAGAUGCGGGUGAAACAUCUGGAGAAAAUGGGCGAAGUUGCCAAAGCUGUGGUUUUGGCCAAAGCUUGCACCGAAUGCAGCUUCAUUCCCAACCAAGCAACGUUUCGUCAGACGUACGUGUCACUGCUUUGUCACCUGCUCCCGAAUGAAGAAGCCAUAAUGGAGAUAUCUCGACUAGACUGUAAGGAUGUACUGGACAUCACAUCUAAUUUGGAGACGGAGGGCGAGGAGAAUACAGCCUUCAUCCUGUGCACAACUUACCUAACACAGCAGCUGCAGCAGCAGAGUCUUUACUGCUCCUGGGAAUUGAUGUUGCUGUGGAGUAAACUUCAAAAGAAACUGGACCCCUCGUUGAUGUCUCUUCUGGAGCGAUGCCUUCAGCUUGGUGCCAUUGCCAAAACUGUCCAACAUUUACUUUACCUGGUCCGUGUUAUUCAGACAGAGGCGGAGAACCAGGGGGUACCUGCCUCAGUCGAACUUUGUGUCAAAGCUCUACAACUUCCAAAGCAAGAAGACUCAGAAACGAGAACGUCUGUAUGUAAAACAGUGUCCUGCCUUCUUCCAAGUGAUCUUGAAGUAUUGCGUGCCUGUCAGCUCACAGAGUUCCUCAUUGGCUCCAGCCAGGAAGCCUUCACCUGUCUCGAGGAGCUCUACUUACGCCCAGACCAAAAGUAUGACCAGGAAAAUGAGGUCAUUCCCAACUCGCUACGCUGUGAGUUGUUACUAGCACUAAAAGCUUACUGGCCUUUUGACCCUGAAUUUUGGGACUGGAAAACUCUUAAGUAUCACUGCAUAUCCCUUCUUGGCUUGAGACCGGAGUCAGAGGAGGAAGAUGAAGAGGAGGUAGACAAACAAGAGAAGAUUGAUCAACAAGAGCUGCAGGGAGCUGCAGUUAAAGUAGAACCUGAGCACCAAAACAGGGUGAAUGGAGGACUUGACAUUGAUGAUCAUCAAGAUAACAAACCGUUCUCUUACUACAUCAAGAAAGGAAAUGGACUUCAAAGGCCAAAGUUCUGGUGUCAGAUAUGCAAAAGGUCAAUUACAGACAUACAAAUCAUUCACCACUCCAAAAUACAUAUCAAGGAGGACAGUCACCCUUGUCCUGUUUGUUUGGAAAAGUUUAAGGACAGAGAGGACCUUGUUCUCCACAUGAGAAAGCACAUUCGAAAUGAAAUCCGUCUUUCAAAAAACGUGAUAAAAAAGAAGAAUGUACCCAAACAGACAGAAGAGGAGGAUGAUAUUGAACCUGGUGAGAUUCCCGUCGACCCAUCCUUGAUGUUGUAUUACAAAUGCACACAUGAUCCUGAGGUGUUGCAGCACAUCGUACAGCAAACCAAAACCUUGAAAGAGAAGCAUGCAGACGAUGAUGAGCAUGUGACUUUCGAUUACAUGGACAGACACUUCAAACUGCAGAAUCGAGAGGAGUAUCCCUGCCCAGGAACCAACUGCACUCGGACUUUUAAACAUUCCAAGUACCUUUAUGUCCACUUGAAAUCAGACCACAUAGGUGAUGAGAAUGUGAAAUAUUUUCAUCAAGUAAGAGACAAGAGACAAAAGUGUGUGUUUUGCAGACGUCAUUUUAUCUCAGCUUACCAUCACCGCAAGCAUAGAAAGGUUCACUAUGGUGAUCGGCCUUACAUAUGUGUGGUUAUAGGUUGUGGUGCACAGUUUAAGACAACUAAUGGACUCGUUACUCACAAGCAGACCCAUGGCUAUCAGCUGAACUACCAGUGUGAGCUCAACGGCUGUUACGUCACGUACGCUGACUUGGGACAGAUAUAUCACCAUGAGGCACAGCAUUUCAGAGAUGCAGCAUUUACGUGCUGCAGCAAGGGAUGUAAAAAGUUCUACUUAUCCAAAAAGGACUUUAUAAAACAUUUGUCCACACACAAGAUAACUUUCACUGAAGAUGAUUUUGAGGCUCAGAGGAAGGCUAAGCGGAAAUUGUUUAAGCCUGUUGUUCGUGAAGUGACCCCUAACCACAAUGGGACGGUUAAUUCCAUAGGCGUUGCAAAUGGAGGUGUCUUAAACUCUCAGUCAGUGAGUUGUGUUGCCUCUUCGCAAGAAUCUGAUGUCAAAGAGGCCAAGGCAACAAUAACACUGGUGGCCAUGUGCUUUGAUGGAAGUAAGUUCACAUGUGGCUUUGAGAAGUGUGGCAUGACUUUUUCCAGAGCUAGAGAUGUCCAGAGACAUCUGAAGUGUGCUCACCCAGAUCAUCUUAAACUGGAGAACAGGGAGCACAAACAUGACAAGGAGCAGGAACUCGUGUCAAAAGGGAUAAAGACGGAAACUGAGCCAGAGGUUGAGGAAAAGGGGAAAAAUGAGACCUCAACUUCGGUUCUACCUGUGGAGCCUGGCAAAGACAAUAAGGUGUCCGCUCAUUCAAAAGGCAAAGAACCAAACCUUUUAGGCCUUAAUACAAAAUGUGAUGCUCUUAAAGAACUCAUUAUUGGGCUGAGUAAUCUCAGCUUGGACACAUCACCUUCUCACAGUUUGCCCAUUGAGCACCCUCAGCCCACCCCUGUCUCAAAAACAUCACAAAUGUCUCUUCAUCAAGCGAUCAUGGCAAAACCUCCUGUUGUAUUGCUUAAGAAGAGACCACAUCUGUCUGAGGGAAAGAUCAAAGUCCAAACUGAGACAACAUUGCUUAAGAAGAGACCACAACUGUCUGAGGAAAAGGUCAAAGUCCAAACUGAACCAACCUUGCUUAAGAAGAGACUACAACCGUCUGAGGGAAAAGUCAAAGUCAAAAUUGAACCAUUUGAAACUGCUGACAAAAAGGCUAUUGAGUUGUUAGCUUCAGCUAGGCCAUAUAUCUGUAAAAACAAAGGGUGUGGCUUUAAGAGUGGUCAGUCUUACAGCUUACAGCGCCACUAUAACACUGUACAUAGCUACCGUUUAGAAGAAGCCAAAAGAUUGAUACCCUCUUUUCAGCCUUACAAGUGCCAUCUUUGUCCGAAGAGUGUCAGAGAAAAGCGUGUGCUGAAGGUCCACUACUUAAACACCCAUAAAUUAAGUGAGCAUUUGUUAUCCAAAAUAAGCAAUGCAUAUACACAGUAUGAAGGAAGUGAGACACCUACAUGUUCAACAAAGCAAACAUCUCAGCCCUUUAACCGUCACGGGCCAAAAGUUAAGUGUGAAAGCCCUAAACAGGAACACCUGAAUGAGGCAAAUAACUCUAGCGUAGUUGGCAAAAAUGGACAAAACAUUGACAGUCAUUCUCCAUUUGGAGAGGAAGGAGAAGAUAAUGAGCAGAAAGGACAGAAUAAGGACGAGAUGACACAAAAGCUCCGAAAUAGACGAUUGAUGGCCAAAAGUAACAUGUGCUAUAUACUGGAUAAAUUCAGUAAACCUUUUCAUUGUGUGGCGAAAAACUGUGAUGCAGCUUUUAACACCCAAGGAGGCCUUGUACGCCACCUACAAUUAGUGCAUCAUUACAAUCGCUCUCAGCUUUUGUUGGAAAACGAUGGUAAAGUGCAGCAGAGUCCAGAUGUCAGAAAGGAUCCUGCAAAGAAAAGACUUCCCCCAAACUCGGAUGAACCUCAGCCCCAGUUCAAAUGUCACUUUGCUAACUGUAACGCCUCCUACCACCUUAAAAGCAGCCUUGUGCGUCACACUCGUGAUUACCACUCUCAGCCACCUGGGCUAAUAAAGUGCAAAUUUGACGGCUGCUCAAAGGUGUUCAGCCAUAAUGAUGCGCUUAAAAAACAUACACUUUAUAGUCACUGCGAGUACUACGAUUCACUGGUGGUUCGACUACAGAGCAGUCAUAAAAAGUCAGUCACUGGGUGCCAAAAGAAGCUCAUAGUGAUGCCACAGAGGCCCCAGAAAGAAGAAACUAGUUCACCCACUCCACAGGAGAGAUCCAGUGGUCAAGACGUAGCAGCCCAGUCAGAAGAAAAGGGCGACAUAGAUCUUGAGGGAGACUCAAAUGAUAGUUUCAGUCGUUUUGUCCUUAGAUCUCAUGAAGAGGCACUACAGAUGUGUCAAGACCGCUGCAUGCCUGUUGCCCACCCAUGCAUGGUUCAGAACUGCGAUUCUGUUGUCAUAUACAUGCGCAGCUUGCAACGUCACUAUUUGACUGUGCAUCGCAUGCGUCACGAGGAUGUUGUUAAAAAUGGGUUCAAGCUAUUUUUUAAUGCUGAGCAGCUAGAGGAACUGAUUCAAAGGAAAUCAGCCAGACCUCCUGUUACUGAAGUGUCUUCUAACCAAGUUUUUAAAACGGAGUGCGAAGCAGAACUUGAAAACACAGGGGGUGUGUCUUCACCCAAGAGUCACAACUCAGUCAAGACCGAAACACAGGGUGAGGCUAUUCAUGAUCUUCACAGUGCGCUAGAGACAGAAGAGAAUAGCCACAGAUCUCAGACAGUCUCAGAUAAAAAACUGGAUAGUCACGAUCGUCAAAAAGUCUCAGAGAAAGAAGAGGAUAGUCAUGAUCUUCAAAGAGUCUCAGAGAAGGAAGAAAAAAAUCACGAUUCUCAGAAAAACUCAGAGAAAAAAGAAAAACGUUAUCCUCGGAAAGUCUCAGAUAAAAAAGAGGAUAGUCACAAUCUUCAAAAAUUCUUUGAGAACGAAAAGAAAAGUUGCAAUCCUCAGAAAGUCUCAGAGACAGAGGGGAAAUUUUCCAAUCCUCAAAAAGUACCCCCAAAAGAGGAGGAGCUUCUACCUACUGAGAGAAAUGAUACCCUUGUUGCAGAUGAGGUACUUCCUGGUGAAGCAAGCACAGCUGGUCCCACUGAGGUUUCGGCUGCAGCGCUACAGAGAACUCCAAAACAGGAACAGAAAUCAAACCUUGAGAAAUUCAUACCUCUUCUUCGUCCAGUCACUGUUGACCUUUCACCUCCAUAUUCACUACGCUUGGUUUCCGAGGAGAGCUUCCAAAACGCACCAAGUAACAAAGAUAACAGCAAAAUCUUAAAUGGAUCAGCCUUGGUGACCUCUCCUCCUGUUCGCCAGCCGCUCAAACGGAAAAACGAACUGUCCGAACAGCCUUUAAAUGUAAAAGAAACCCGGCCAAACAGUCCUCCUUGCCUUUUCGACAUUGCUGCCUAUAAGCCAAUGGGCUUUGAGGCCUCUUUCUUGAAGUUCAUACAAGAAACGACGACUCCAGUAGAGAAAGAAGCACCUGUGAAACGGCGAGAUAGGCGCAGCUGCUCUGUUAAGGAGAACAAUCAGCUAGGAAUCUCUCACACCCGCAGUAGACGUACUCAUUCCCCACUGGUGAAGUCCCGCGCUGUAACUGGGAGCUUCACGUCGGUACAAAACUUGAAGUCCAUCCUGGACAAGGCCCUGGCUGGGUGUGGGGACCUGGCCAUAAAACAGCUUCAGUAUCUCAGACCGGUGGUGGUUCUGGGAAGACCAGUGUGCACCGCCACCCUUUCUGACCUCUUCCCAUCUGAAACCAACAACAGCAAACAGCUUCUCGGAAGUUAAACUGAGCACCUUUUAAACUUGGCUGUGGACUAUGGACAGUGUAUCAGUAUUUUUAUUUCUUCCAAAAACUGGUAUGCUUUUGUUGUUUUUAACUCAAAAGUUUUGUAGAAAUUAGCAUAAUACAAAAUAAGCCUGUACAGCCCACAUCAGAGCUGUCUGACAGUAUUUUAGCUUUUGAUUCUGAACACAGUCACAUAAUACUGAAUAUGUUGAUUCACAAUCUCAAAUGUAUAUAAACUCCAGCCCUCGCAGAUAAAUGUUUAGAUCUAAAGAUUGUUAAGAAGGAUCAUGAGCAUGAUGCCAAGCCUUUUCACUUGUGAAAAUGACAAAAACAUUUCCUUCAAAGUUCUCGAGGAAUACAUUUGGUAUUUUUCACAUGACUUUAUAUGAAAACAGUGUUUGGCUUCAUAUGUUUGGUGGAGGAAAUGUAUGUAACCCUUUUUAGAAAAAUAAAUGUGAUAAUCAGG